AAAUUCAAAACUAAUCGCGUGUGCUCUAAAACUUUGACAUUUUUUGGUCCCCGCCGCUCGACGUCAAACAUUUCCGUGCUAAUCCCCAAAAAAUGUCCGAUACACUAGAAGAUCUAAAUUACGACUUCAAUUACAACCUCUUCAUCGCUAAGACCCUCCUCAACAACUUGUCGCGCCAUGAAGAUAAAACCCGAGCCACCAGAUGGAUGAAGAAGUUGAGUGGGUGCAACCGCACCGUCAACGAAAUCCGCCUACGCAACGACUUCAUGUACUACCUCAUCGUCAACAUCCAGAACGGCGAACUGCAGCCGCCAUUCAACGAAAGCCCCCCACACAAGCCCCUCCCGUCCAUCGCGCACCUCCUGCCCGGAGGCGUGGAAGCCACUGCGGACGAAGAAGCGGCAGUCUUCGAAAAAAUGGAAGGCGCGGGGCACAAACCCCUACUUUACGAAAACUCCCCCGACGGAGGGGCGUUCCUGGCGGCCCAGCCAAUCCCCAGAUGCGGUGCGUUUUGCUACCUGGCGGUGGUUGCCAGAAAACCGGAGAAGGACUAAUUAAGGAGGAAUAAA